GUUUGCCAAUAAUCUAGUUUCUUGUUUAUACGGCACCUGUUUGGCUGUUUCUUGAAUUUUAUUAGCUCUUUUUUUCUUCUUCUAGUUUUCUCCUCUGACUCUAUCUGGAGCUCAAGGUUGCAGAUCCACAAGGUCUUUGAACCUGAUCAUCCCCAUGUAUUACAGAGUAGAUAUCCAGUAAUGUCUUUCUGGUGAUAGUAUUACAUUAGCAGAAUAGUUCUUCUUUGCCAUUCUUGAAGAUGGACAGGGAAGACGCAUCUGGCUUUGUGAGUGGCGGAAAUUUAUUAUUUCCCAAGCCUUUCCAAUAUAUGCUUUUAUAGGUGUUAUGUGCUAAGUGGUAGUUAUUUAGGAACCUCUCUAUCUACUAUAUCCUUCUCCAUCUUCAUAUGAAUUCGAAUCACGGUGGAGCCAAUGCCACCGGCAUCAAUAUGGGUGACAACUCUCUUAGGCUCAAGUCCCUGGAGGACUCUCAAAGCCAUUUUUCUUCUGAGGUUUCUAAUUGCACUAAUGAUGAUGGCUGCCGCUUGGUCCUUGGAUUAGGUCCAACAUCAGCUUCAUACUAUUUUAGCAACAAAGGUUAUGGUUCUGGAUUCACUCAAGAACGAGGUGGUUCAGCUCUGCAACUUGGUCUUCCAGCUUUAAGUAUAGACACUCUCGGUGGACCUGAUUGUUCACUGUCUACAUACACAGAGAUCAAUACUAGCAGACAACGUGUGGUUGAUGAAGGUUCUACUUCUGCAAAGAGAUCAGGCGGUUACAUGCCAUCACUUCUGUAUGAUCAUUCACAAGUGAGUCUAGAGUCAUCACCUCACACAACAUUCUCUGUACAACAGAGAACUUACAACCCGAAGAAGUGCAACUUCAUGGGAUGUGUGAAGGUAUCCCGAGGAGGGUCAGGUCUCUGCAUCAGCCAUGGAGGAGGGCAGAGAUGCCAAAAGCCAAGCUGCAACAAAGGCGCAGAGGGUAAAACCCCUUUUUGCAAAACACACGGUGGAGGGAAGAGAUGUGAACACUUGGGAUGCACUAAGAGCGCCGAAAGAAAAACAGAUUACUGCAUAUCACAUGGUGGUGGAAGACGUUGUGAGUUCACCGAAGGAUGUGACAAAGCAGCGCGUGGUAAAUCAGGUCUCUGCAUCAAACACGGUGGUGGCAAAAGAUGUAUCAUAGAAAGCUGUACACGAAGUGCUGAAGGAACAGCUGGUCUUUGUAUAUCUCAUGGUGGUGGGAAACGUUGUCAGUUUGCUUCAGGUUGUGAUAAAGGAGCUCAAGGGAGUACUAACUACUGCAAAGCUCAUGGAGGUGGGAAACGCUGUAUAUUCACAGGGUGUAGUAAAGGAGCAGAAGGGAGUACUCCUCUGUGUAAAGGACACGGUGGUGGGAAACGUUGUCUCUUUGAUGGAGGUGGGAUUUGCUCUAAGAGUGUACAUGGUGGGACUAGCUUCUGUGUAGCUCAUGGUGGUGGGAAGAGAUGUGUUGUGGCUGGGUGUAGUAAGAGUGCUCGUGGUCGAACUGACUGUUGUGUUAAGCACGGUGGUGGGAAACGGUGUGUGGUUGAUGAGUGUGGGAAGAGUGCUCAAGGUAGUAGUGAUUUGUGCAAAGCUCAUGGUGGUGGGAAACGGUGUUCUUGGGGAGACGGGGGAUGUGAGAAGUUUGCUAGAGGGAAAAGUGGUUUAUGUGCUAAGCAUAACAGUUUUAUGUCUAAGGAGAAAGAAGAAGAAGAUGGAGGAAGCAAGAGUGGUUUGAUUGGACCGGGGCUAUUCAGUGGCCUUGUUGUUGGUUCUGCUUCUGAUGAUCAUUCUCAGUCUGAAGUUAGUGCUAUACAGUUGGAGAAAAGGCAGCAGAAGAAGGUGAUGAUACCGAUGCAGGUUCUUGUACCUUCAUCAAUGAGAUCUCUAAGUGAUUCACAUCAUGAAGGAGAAACAAACAUGUUAGACUUUAUGAUUCCGGAGGAGAGAGUUCACGGUGGAGGGCUAAUGAUGUCUUUACUUGGUGGUAGCCUGAAACAACCUUCCACUGAUGGAAUCUAAAUGCUUUCUCUUUGUAAGUGUUACCUGUUGUUCAGCACAAACCUUUGUAAAGCUGUAAAUGUGUGUGUGUGUUUUAUGUUGCUCUUUUGUUUGUCAACUAAACCGUAUUUGAACCGAAUUAAACCGGUCUAAAACGUAUUACAUGUUAAAAAAGUUGCUUAGUUUGGGCCUUUGGUGGGCUUCUUUAUAACUACCAAUACAAUUA